AUGCGCGGGCGGGCUCCGGUCCUUGGCUGGAGAACAGCCUCUUCCUCCGCCUCCACCGGCCCAGCCACAGAAGAGUUCCGCCCCAAGAAAGGGGGGGCACGACCUCAGGAUAGAUGCGGAGCCGCUGCCACGGAGCGCCCUCGCCAGCCGGGUCACCGGCUCCCGCUCUCGCUGCGGUCCUGCUUUCAGAUCCGCAGCAGCGGGGCUGGCCAGAAUAGCGGGCUCGGGCGCCCUGUCCGCCCGGUCGGAGACGAGCGCCUAGCCGGAGAGGCGGCCGGGCAGGGGCGUCUCGCCCCUCCCGCGGGGGGAUCCCCGGCUCCUGCACAAGCCCGAACUUGCCUGGGGGCGGGGUCGGUGACGUCACGACGGGCGGGGUCUGAGGGCUGGCAGCUCUGCUCCGCGCGGCUGCCUGGCUCGCAGGGAGAAUCGUCCCGCCGCUGUCGCGUCCGCUCGCCCUGCCUCACUCGCGUUGCCGCUCGCACCGCCCGUGCCAGUCGGAGCCCCGCCACCCCCGAGCCGCCCCGGAGGGUUCAUGCAGCUGCAAUCCCCCCGAGCGCCAUGGCUAGACCAUUGCAGGACCGGAGCCUCGCCGAGCCGACAGCAACUGUGUCCCAGAGCUCAGCCUUCCCUGUGGGGAGGACGCUGGCCCUGCCGCCCUCCGUCUGCCGCCCGCCGCUCGCCUUGCCACCCGGGCUGAACUGCCUCUAUCGUUGCGGGCGGGCGCUGGAGCCUCCCGGGAGCGUCCGUGUGAGCAUGCAGCCAACAGCACCCAGCACCCAAGAGGAAGCCCCCACAGAGCCAGAACAAAGCGCAAGGGGCCCAAAUGGGCACCUCCCGAGAACCCCGCUCAACCUGGAGCAGGCCAUUGGGGCUCGGCUGCGCCACAUGGGAGACCGUUUCCAUCAAGACUAUGAGCAGAGGGAACGCAGGCCUCGAGGUGCCCUCUGGACCCACUUGUACCAUUUCGUCUUCCAUCUACUGGGUAUCUUGGACAACUUACCUGCCAGAGGGUGACAGACAAGCCUUGGAGCAAAGAGCCAUCCACUGAGCUGCUUUAGGACUUCUCUUCCUGCUGGCCAGGGGAACCGCAGCCUCAGUUGAAGAACAGAUGCCCGCAAGCAGCCGGCCUUGAGCCCAUCGCGGUGGGCAAACAACACCCUGCACUGAGUUGCCGAGUGCCAUGGCACCCUUUUGCGCCCAGCCCAGCAGUGCCUUAUGGGGAGCUGCACAGAUGGGUAGGGGUGAGACAAGUUAGCACUAUGUGAAUAUUUUUCACUGAGCCUGUAUGUGCGGGUUGGGGAAGAAGAGAAUUGCACUUGCCACCUCGCCUCUAGAGGGACAGCCUACAACGUCCACUGUAAAAAGGGACUGGACGUGUAUGUAGAUAUGUGGUGGGGGUGGGGUGAGAGGAAGAAAACCUGCACAUUGGUGCAGCUGCUGCUGUGUGUAUAUAGACAGUCUUCAUGCUUGUACAUAGAAUAUAAUUGGGUGCUGCCUGUACCUACCUGAGGGUUUGGUUGUCUGUAUCUUGUGAAGAGGUGGAACUUUUUUUGUAUAUUUCCUUUUCAAUAAAACCAGAUGAAAGCAGAAAUGGUACCAGCCUCUUUUAUCCUGGAGCAACGUAGGCCAAGGUGCCAAA